AAACAGUAGGAAUUCUCCCUCGUCACGGAUAAUUCUCUUCUCUGUCUUCCCCUCGAAAUUCGAAAAUUCUUUCCAUUGUCGAAUCCGAUGAAAUUAAAAGAAAAGAAAAAUCCCUAAUCUCUCUCUCUCUCUCUCUCUCUCUCUCUCUCUCUCUCUCUCCAUGGCAGAAAAUCAGCGACAAUGCAUGGAAGUUUCUGGCUGAAAAUUUGAACUUCUGCUUAAAGAUUUGUGAAUUUUGAAGAAUUUAGGGAAUUGUUCAGUCAAAGUUUCACGAAUUUUUAGUUGGUGGAGAAAUUGUGGAAAUUUUGUAUGUGAAUUUUGAUGAAGUUAUAGUUUUGACCCAACAUGUUCGAGGCUUGAAUUUUGGCCAAUUUCACAUCUUUUAACGGUUUUAGUGGAAAAGCUAGGUGGCGAGGAAAGAUGGAAGUUAAUAGUUAUUCUUUCGAUCUCAUGGACGUCGAUGCCCGUUUGCCUCCUCGGAAGCGACUCCUUGCUGGAUUGAAGAAGCAGAGUUGUGAAAAUGCUGCUGCUACUUCUUCAUCAAUGUCAUCAUUAUCUCUAUCUCUUUCUUCGUUUUCAAGUGAUUUCAGUGCUCAUCUUUGCGAGCUUUCGGGUGCUGAUUUUAAGAGCUCACAUAUUUCUCCAGAGCAGAUUGUUGAGGCCUCAAGAUUAGUAGCUUUGACUGCAGCUGAAGCUGCGGCUUCGGCUAGAGUCACUGCCAUGGAAAAAGCAGCAGUGGCAGUGAAGGCUGUAGCUGCUGCCAAGAGUGCAUUAGAGCUUGUCACUUUGCUUACAAAAAGGAAGACUCACAAGGAAAAUGUUAUGCGGAAAAACAAACUGAAAAAACAAGUUCCAAUUAGGCUCUUGUAUCCUGGCCAACUGCUGAUUGAGAAUGAUGGAAGUGAUGAAGAACUGGCCUGUAGAUUGCAUCAAGAUAUGAAUAGCUCCCCUAGAAUUUCGAGAAACUCUUCAAAUCCUAACCGGAAACUUCACAGUCGUAAGAAGCGUAAGGAACUACUUCUAAUAGGCAAACCUAGUCUUUACAAUGAAGAUGCAGUAUGUGAAGGAAACCCACCUUCUAUUUGUGAUAGGGAUGGUGAAGUGGGUGAUGUGGACUGUGUGGGGUCAACCUUGGAGGUGGAGAACUUGGAUAACUUAGAAGAUAAGGCCUUGCUAUGUGCUAAAACUAACUGUGUUGAUGAGGAUAAAAUUUGGGAUGAGGAGGGAGAAACUAACAACUCCAUAAAAACUUGUGGUCAUGCAUUUGAGGCCAGAGUUGCCUCUGGUGGAAAGAGAGAAAGGAAUAAGAAAAAAAAGUUGCCUCUAAGUCUAUGCAAUAUCAGAGAUCAUGAGAAACUUAAAGAUAAACAAGAAUUCAUAGGUUUUCCAUCAACUGAAGACCCAGAAGUUAAUUACAGCUUGAGAACUAUGCCUUCAUAUGCUUCUAAACUUUCCAAUGAAGCUGAGGUGGCAGUUGAUGCUAUACCAAUAUCGGCUUGCAAGGAGUUCAAGGUGCCCCAACGUUUCUCUGCAAGUAAAAUCUUGUGCCCUCCAUGUUCAAAUCCCACUGUGACUACAGUAUCGGCUAUGGUGAAAGUUGAUCACUUCAACCUAUGACAUAGAAAACUCAUUGGCAGAUAACAUGAGCUGUAAGCCAGAGGUCCUAGUCUUCUUCUUGUAAGCUUCCUGUAUGAUAAAGAAUACAAGGCUGAUUACACUUACAACAUUGGCUUUAAUCCUCAAGCAACUGCAAGUGGUAUGAUUUCAUGCACUGAAGUAGGGCAGCUUCCUUCUGGAUAUGAAUGGCUAUAAUCAUUGCUCUUGGCAUGUUUUAGUUCUUUGCACGAAAUGUCCAUUUCCUUCAAUGUGCAUAGUAAGGUGUGUUCUCUAUCAAUAAAUUGUCACUUUUGUGUAAAAAGAAAUCAGGACUAACCAUUUUCUGACAUUAAGACCUUUUAGUAUGGUUGUACAUAUUCUCUCCAUAUCUCAAAGUGUUUAUUUCUCUCA